CUUUCCUCUUUUUAAAUGCAAGUGUAACUCGGAAGCCAUCUGUGUUCACAAUGGCUUCUAGUAAACAAACUGUAGAGGUUAUGGAGGAAUUUAUUUGCGCAAUUUGCCUUGAACUUUUGAAUGUUCCAGUGAUACUGGAGUGUGGGCACAAUUUCUGCAAGUCUUGUAUUGACAGAGUUUGGGACAGUGAGAAACAACCUUCCUGUCCUGAGUGUAGAGAGGAAUACACAGCCAGGAAAUAUGCACUGAACAGACUACUAGCAAAUGCAAUUAAAAAGGUGCAGUGUCAGAGAGGAGAAGCAGACCCACAACAGAAAAAAGGAGAUGAUCUCUGUAGAGAACAUGAAGAAAGCCUGAAACUAUUGUGUGAAGAUGAUGUGAGUUUGGUUUGCCUGAUGUGUGUUCCAGAACAUCGUGGUCACAACUUCCUAACAGUGCAGAAAGCAGUUAACAAGUACAAGGACAAUCUGGUAACUUCUUUGUCUCAGUUGCAGUCCAAGUUGAAAGGGUAUAAUGAAAAAAAGUGCCAGCAAGAAAUGAAGAGAUCAGAAGUCACAGCCAAUGCCAGAAGUUUACAAUUGCACAUUACCUCAGAAUUUGCCAAACUUCAUGAGUUUCUCCAGCAUAAGGAAGAAAAACUGAUUCAACAGCUGAAGGACGAAGAAGGAGGCAUCCUGAAACAGAUGGAAGAGAACCUGAGAAAAAUAAAGGAGGAUAUUAAUGCCAUUCAGAUAUCAAUCUCUAAUGUUCAGCUACAGCUGCAGCAACAGGAUGAAUUGACUUUUUUAAAGGUAAAAUUAUAUUUGUCUACAUGA